AUGUACAUGCGCUUCACCAUCAACACCACCAGCCACUUUCACAGAGCACGACCGACCACCUCGGGGAAAUGGGACGGCAUCUGCACCAACGGACCAUGGUCACCCCGAUCAACGCCGCUGGUUGCCCCGCACCCGGCAGACAGAGACCCCCACACGCCCACGCCCACGCCCACGCGUUCAACGAUGCAGCGACGACGAUGGGUGGUGGCGGUGGUGGCGGGCUUCUUGGCCCUGGCGGUAGUUGCUGCACAGGGCGGGGAGCAGGACGGGGGCUUGCAGCGUGACGGAGAGGAAUCAUGCGUGGAGGGAACGCCUGGUUGUGGGGAUGCGUCUGCUGCUACGGAUCGAUAUGCUCUGCCCGCGGCGAAGGACGACGUUGAUGGGGAGGAGGAGGAGCAGCCCACCGAGGCGUGUGCUGCAGACGAUGUCGCAUGCUAUGUGCGUUUCGAGCGCAGUGCCAGCUUCAUUGGGCCCAUGCGCCAAGGUGUGCGCCGCCUGCGCCGUUCUCGUCGACGCAACAGCCCGUCGACCAUCCUCGUGCUCGUAGGCCUCGGCGUCUUGGUACUGCUCUAUAAUCUGUACAAGCAAAAGGCACGCCUCAAGGAAGCUCACGCCCAACGGUCGGUGCUUGGCCCGCGCGGGCGCCGAGGAUCGCGCUUUGCCGCCAAGGCCGGUGCUUCUGAAGAUCUGACCACAGGCCUUCGACGCACCGAGCAAGGACUUGACGCCAUGUCUGAGCGACUCAUCCGCAUGCAGCGCGAGAUUGCGGCAGAAUCCCGGUACUAUCCACACCUCCACCGUCCAUUGGACACUGCAGACUGUUCUCACCUCGAUUCGUGUGAACCUGUAGGGGUCGCAAAGCCGGAGCUGCGCGCAUCACAACGCGGUUCGAUGAUCGUGUCGGUGCCAAGGCCCCUCAAACCGAAUUUGGGCGCGAUUUUGGCCGAGCCGCGCGCCGAAAGAGCGGGCGCACCGCUGGACUCAGCCUCAAAGAUCAGUGAUGCCGUCCCGGCCCAUCAACCUAGCUGA